AUGGUAGUUCCUGCUCAUGGCACAAGGCCAUUUGCAAUCGAUUCAGCUAAUCUGAGCUCAGAGGGAAGUCCAUGCUGUAACUGUGUGAUGAGGAGAGAUCUUGCAAGCAAUCCAGAACUAGCUUAUUUCUUCCACCCAAGAAGCAGCACCUUGGAUGGGGGGAAGGCCUUGCCAAGUAUGAGAAAAAGAAGGUUGACCCUGAAGAUAUUCUUGAUAAAGAGGCUGCAGCCAGAAAUGAAUGUGCAUCUCCUGCUACUCCUUACUCGUAUGCCUGCACUUCCUCUCCGGGUAAUUUAUAAAAGCCCCAGUAUCAAUGCAAACAGAAAAUCGGAGUUGCAAAAAACUGUUCUGCUACCCAAAAGGGCAACCACAAACUCAUUUAUGUUGUCCUUCCUCUCACACAAGAUUGGACGAAGCCCAGUCAAGAACCAAGGAUCCUAUGGAUCUUGUUGGACAUUCAGUACUACUGGAGGUCUUGAAGCUGCAUAUGCCCAAGCUUUUGGGAAAUCAGUUUCUUUCUCUGAACAACAACUUGUAGACUGUGCUCGUGAUUUUAACAACUUUGGUUGCAAUGGUGGGUUGCCUUCACAAGCUUAUGAAUACAUCAAAUACAAUGGUGGACUUGACACUGAGGAAUCUUAUCCUUACACCGGAAAAGAUGGUGUAUGUAAAUACAAAUCAGAAAAUGUUGCAGUUAAAGUUAUUGAUUCAGUCAACAUCACCAUGGGUGCUGAGGAUGAAUUAAAGCAUGCAGUGGGUGUUGUUCGUCCAGUGAGUGUGGCGUUUCAGGUGAUUAAUGGGUUUCAUCAGUACACAGGAGGAGUUUUUACUAGCAAUGUUUGUGGGAAUGAUCCAAUGGUGAUAUUUGACUUCCGGUUUUGUGCACACUGGCUGUUGCAAGCUCAUUAG